CCAUGUUUCCGGGGCUGUCCUGAGGGCUUUCCCCGCGCCUCCUCCUGGCCUUUAAGGCCGGCCGGGCAGGGAGAAGCCCAGCCGCAGUAGCAGCAGCAGACGCCGCCCUCGCCAGGCCCUCCUCUCCGGGCGCGCCACGGUCAGAAGCCGGCACUCGCAGCGUGCGCCACCAUGGCCGGGCGCCGGCUCCGCUUGGCCCUCCCGGUGCUGCUGCUGCUGCGGGACUGCCUCGGCGGCCUCCACUUCAGGGAAGGGCAGAGCUGCUACAAGCCACUGCCGCGCAAGAGCCCCGGCCUGAGAACUUACCCUCGUCCUCAUGAAUAUUUGGACAUCUCUAAGCUGCCCCAGAGCUGGGAUUGGCGCAAUGUAAAUGGAGUCAAUUACGCAAGCACCACUCGCAACCAGCACAUCCCUCAGUAUUGUGGAUCCUGUUGGGCUCACGGCAGCACCAGCGCCCUUGCAGAUCGCAUCAACAUCAAGAAGAAAGGCGCCUGGCCCUCUGCCUACCUUUCGGUUCAGAAUGUAAUCGACUGUGCCAAUGCCGGGUCUUGUGGAGGAGGAGACGACUCUGGCGUGUGGCAAUACGCUCACGAGCAUGGCAUCCCAGACGAGACCUGUAAUAACUACCAAGCAAAAGAUCAAGACUGUCAGAUAUUCAAUCAGUGUGGGACGUGUGUUACUUUUGGAGAGUGUCAUGUGAUCAAGAACUACACCCUCUGGAAAGUUGCUGAUUAUGGGUCUGUCAGUGGACGAGAAAAAAUGAUGGCGGAGAUCUAUGCCAACGGUCCCAUUAGUUGUGGGAUCAUGGCUACUCCAAAGCUGGAUGCAUACACUGGAGGACUUUAUUCAGAAUACAGCCCAUCUGCGUCAAUAAACCACAUUGUUUCUGUGGCUGGCUGGGGUGUCGAAAAUGGAACCGAAUACUGGAUUGUCCGUAACUCUUGGGGCGAACCCUGGGGGGAAAGAGGCUGGCUUAGAAUUGUGACAAGCGCAUGGAGGGGACCAGAAUACAACCUUGCUAUUGAAGACGCAUGUACUUACGGAGACCCGCUACUUCCUUGAAUCUGCUCUGGGGAUUAUUUGUAGCACACUGGAGGUCUGCAAGAAGUCGCGGGUACAUAUUAAGUGACUGGGAAAUCCUCCCUGCUCCAACAAAAAUCUCCUUUGCAGAAUACUAUACAUUUUGAGGGGGCUUGAGCAGUCAGUUUUCCCAUCUCUCCCACUUUUUAAUUAACGCAACCGCUCUCAACAUUCUUACCCAUCCUUUUCAGGCUAUUUCUUUGGAGGGCAAGGAGUCAGGACUCUUUUCUUCACAAAAUGUAUAAACUAGCAUUUUUCUGCAUAUCUAAGGAAUCUGUGCGCGCGCAUGCUCCCAGAACUGUGACUUGGCUUGUGGGUGGGCAAACUGAGAUAAGUACUUGACUGUCAGGGCUGCUGCUGUUUGUAACCUUGUAUUUGGAUUGCAAGGAGUGUGCCAGGAAGUUGUUUCUUCUUUUGAAAGAGAAGAAUAGCAUUUCUGAAGUAUCCAUUAAGCAGGGACUCGUGAAAUGUUGGCGUUACUGAGCCUCUGGUUUUUACCCGUGCUAAUUUUUUUUUAGCUGCAUAUAAAAACAUCCAUGUGAAUUAAAUGUAUAGAUUGCACUAGAGGAAAAAAAGAGUCAAGUACUUUUAAAAUUAAUUUUGAUAAAAUUGGUUUAUAUCUGACUCGUGAUCCAGAGUUGAUUUUUUAAAAAAUUGUAUUGUGCUGAAUUUUUAUUAAAAAUGAGAGAUUGGACAGCUA